CGUUAGGCUGGAGAGAGGACCCGUUCGGACACCGGAACCCGGAGGAGGACGACCCCGGUAGGUGCUCCGACAUGCCGAGAGAGCCGGGUCACAGUCCGCGUUGUGGUCGCACUAAUUGCUCCUCUCCCGUCUCCGGACGCCACGGUUAGCUGUCCAUGGAAGUGAAGCAUGUGAUGAAGACACGGAGCCCAUAUCCACCGAGACGAGAGCCAGCUGUGUCAGACGUCGCCACCGAGAGCUGAAGGCGCCCCCCCGGCGAGCUGCGAUGGGACACGGCGAGGCGGCGCCCACCAGAAGACGUCCCCGCGCUGCUUCCCCUCAGCCGCGCCGACGCUAGACGGGCAGAGCACCCCCGUUGCCGUGAGGUUGAUGCGUGCUGCGUCGCGGAGGCGGCCUCCAGCUGCGAGACAACCCGUGGGGGCGUGGCCUCGACGUUUCCAACACCGCUGAGCGCCAGCCGAGUGACCAGCGAUGCCUUCGAAGGUCUCCUGCUUAUACUUGCUGACCGUGGUUUGCUGGGCCAGCGCUCUGUGGUACCUGAGUGUGUCCCGCCCCUCCUCCUCCGACGUGGGCCAGGUGACCAUCCCCGUCCGCCAGUCGUCCAAGGCGGGCAAGAACGGCACCUUCAGCAACAUCCGCACGCGCUCGCUCAACCCGCACGACUUCGGCUACCUCGUCAACGAGGCCAAGAAAUGCGAGGCGGAGCCGCCCUUCCUCGUCAUCCUGAUCAGCACCACGCACAAGGAGUUCGACGCCCGGCAGGCCAUCCGGGAGACGUGGGGCGACGAGAGCACCUUCCCGGACGUGCGCGUGAUCACGCUCUUCCUGCUCGGCCGCAGUACCGACGGCGUCCUCAACCAGAUGGUGGAGCAGGAGAGUCAGAUCUUCCACGACGUGGUGGUGGAGGACUUCAUCGACUCGUACCACAACCUGACGCUCAAGACGCUGAUGGGCAUGCGCUGGGUGGCCACCUUCUGCCCCAAGGCGCAGUACGUGCUCAAGUCGGACAGCGAUAUCUUCGUCAACAUGGAGAACCUCAUCUUCAACCUCCUGAAGCCCACCACCAAGGCCAGGAGGCGGUACUUCACGGGCUACGUGAUCAACGGCGGGCCAAUCCGAGACAUGCGCAGCAAGUGGUACAUGCCGAGGGAUCUGUACCCCGACAGCAAGUACCCGCCCUUCUGCUCCGGCACCGGCUACGUCUUCUCGGCCGACGUGGCCGAGCUCAUAUACCAGACUUCUCUGCACACGCAGCUGCUGCACCUGGAGGACGUGUACGUGGGCGUGUGCCUCCACAAGCUGGGCAUCCACCCGUUCCAGAACAGCGGCUUCAACCACUGGAAGAUGGCCUACAGCCUGUGCCGCUACCGCCGGGUGGUCACCGUCCACCAGAUCUCCCCGGAGGAGAUGCACCGCAUCUGGAACGACAUGACCAGCAAGAAACAGCUGAAAUGUUAGCGCGGGCGUUUACGGAUCGGCGCUGAGGAAACGUCCGCGGGCUUUGAAGGACCCUCUAGUGUCUCUCGCCCUCUCUCACUCCCAGAGCUCCAACUCACUAACCAGAGUUAGAAACACCUUUUACACCCGAAGAAAGAAGAUAAGAAAGUGCGAACUGUUCAGGUGGUCGGGUUUCGGGGUUCUUACGGUCAUGGAAAACCUGGAAAAGUCAUGCAAUUUAAAAGUGGUUAUUUCCUGGCCUGCAAAAGUCCGUGAAAAAGAAAAUGUAAUCCCAAAAGUCCUGGAGAUGUGUUACAUUCACAUGUUAAUGUGCUUUUAAAAGAAAGACGCUCAUUAUAUAAGCCGGCAUUCGCUCUGGAACUCGCGGCACAAUUAUAUAUUUUUUCCCGGGCUGCGAGUGAACGCACCUUAACUGAAAAGUUCGGUGGCCAUAGCAACAGUAGCUCAGGGAUGAUCCACUAUCAUGUUAUAUACAUUUCCCAAAAUGUCGAGGGAAUUUGGUUUAAAAUCCUGGACACCCAUUGGUCCCCACGUGUGUGACCCCCGGGGGGUCGACGCCACGCGGCAGGAAGCUCAGAGUGUUUGAGUCUUCGCUUGCAAACUGCAGAUUACCCCUGAACGCCCCUCGUGCUUUCCGAGCGAGGCGCACAUGUGGGACUAUCGAGUCGCCGUCGGGAGGACGCCGCCGGCGAGUCUUACAGCGAGAUGACUGGUUUUAUAAGGCUGCUCCCGGAAAGCACCGGAGCACCAAGGACUCCGGCGUUCACACUUAUUUUCUUCCGGCCUCGCCUUCUUGGCGAUGUCGGCGAAUGUCCUGUGAGCGUGUGCCGUGCCGUUGUGUGUCCCACAGACGGACGUGUGCCGUGCGAGUGUUCUUCUUUUCCGUAGCUCCAGGUUAAAUAAAGCGCUUUUUGUAAGAUUC